AUGUUUUUUACAAGUAAGUUUUUAUUUAAUAAAAAUGUAAAUAAUGAUGAAACGUUCGACAGUAGAAGUAAACACAGUGAUGAUGAAGAGGACGAAGGGUAUGACAAAAGUGGUUUAAAAGAAGAGAAUAAUAAUAUAAAGAAAAAAAAUAAUAGUAAAAAGAAAGAAAAAAGGAAAGAUGGACAUAAAAAUAAAGAUACGAAUAUAGAUUUGAAUAAUGCUGAUACUGAUAAAAAUAAAAAUAAAAAUAUGAAGAAAUUAAGUCAGGAAUUAGAAAAUAUUAAUAAAGAAAAGAAAAAGGUUCAUUUUGAAGAAGAUGAAAUAACAUCAGAAGAAUUAUUAAAUUAUUUUAUUAAAUCAUAUAAAAAUAAAAUAAAUAUAGAGAAUGAUGAAUUGUGUCAAAUAUUAACAGGAAAGAAAUAUUAUGAUAUUGAGCGACUAGCUAAAAAUGCAACAGAAAUAACACAAUAUGAUUUGAAGAAUAAAAAUAUUCAAAAAAAUAAACAAUCCUAUUGUAAAACAUGUGGAUAUAUAUAUAAUUAUGAUGAUUAUAUGUAUUUAUUUAUGAAAUAUUUUCAAUUAUUAAAUAUUAAAAAUCAUAAUGAAUUUUCAUAUGAUAUUAUGAAGUGUAUAUAUUGUGGAUCAGUAUUGGGAGAUAUAGAAAUAUUAUUUAACCAAUUUAAUAAUAAUGAAAAUUAUAUAGAAUUAUAUUCUUAUAGGGAAAAAUAUAUAUUCGAUAAAAAUAAAAAGGAUUAUUGGAAAAAUAAAAUUACGGCAUUUAAUAAAAAUACAUCAUUAUUUAAAGAAGAAGAAAAAACUGCAUAUAACAUCACAUAUGAAAAAUGUUUAGAUUGUGGAAAUGACUUUUUACAUUUUAUAAAUAUACAAACAAGGAGUGCAGAUGAAGGUUCAACGAUUAUUUAUUUCUGUCCAAAUUGUAAAAAACAAACAACAGUUAAUAAUUAA